GGAGGUCCCCGGGGUGCCUCUGGGGGCCCUGCUGACCCCCCCCCCCCCCAGAUCGUGCUGGUGGAUGACCUGGAGGCGCCCGUGCCCGAGGGGGGGUCCCACGAGGGGCUGCCCACCCCCGUCAACCUGGAGCUCGAGUGGGUGCUGGGCAAGAUGCCCCGCAAGGAGUUCGUGCUGCAGCGGGUGCCCCCCACCCUGCGCCCCCUGGCGCUGCCCCCCGCGCUGACGGUGCGGCAGGCGCUGGAGCGGGUCCUGCGGCUCCCGGCCGUGGCCAGCAAGCGCUACCUCACCAACAAGGUGGACCGCUCGGUGACGGGGCUGGUGGCGCAGCAGCAGUGCGUGGGGCCGCUGCACACGCCGCUGGCCGACGUGGCCGUGGUGGCCCUGUCCCACUUCGACACGGUGGGGGCGGCCACGGCGCUGGGGGAGCAGCCGCUCAAGGGGCUGCUGGAUCCGGCCGCCGGCGCCCGCCUGGCCCUGGCCGAGGCGCUCACCAACCUCGUCUUCGCGCGCGUCACCGACCUCCGCGACGUGAAGUGCUCGGGGAACUGGAUGUGGGGGGGGAAGGCGGGGCCGGAGGGCGGGGCGCUGCUGGCGGCCUGCGAGGGGCUGGUGGGGCUCCUGCACCGCCUGGGCGUGGCCGUGGACGGCGGCAAGGACUCGCUCAGCAUGGCCGCGCGCGUCGGCACCGACACCGUCCUGGCGCCCGGCACCCUGGUGGUCUCGGCCUACGCCGUCUGCCCCGACAUCACGGCCACCGUCACCCCUGACCUCAAGUGUCCGGGGGGCAAAGGAGCCCUGCUGUGGGUGCAGCUGAGCCCGGGGCGGCACCGCCUGGGGGGCAGCGCCCUGGCCCAGGUCUUCUCGCAGCUGGGGGACGCCUGCCCCGACCUGGAGCACCCCGAGAUCUUGGACGCCGCCUUCCGCGUCACCCAGCGCCUCAUCGAAGAGCGGGCGCUGAGCGCGGGCCACGACGUGAGCGACGGGGGGCUGCUGGGCUGCCUGCUGG